CCACACGAAAAAAACAUCAUCCUCAACACGCUCGAGUCUGGGUGAGACCGAGCGUGACUGGGCGUCCUGCGCCGAUACUGUAGGAAGGGUUGAGGAAGGAAGAAGGUCGUGAGUUGAGUCACGCCCUCAUCUUUGCUAUUAAAGGGCGAGGGGAGCUGUUCUUUCCAACAGUUUAUUGCAGGUUCCUCAUUGCAAGCUGCUGCCAAAUGAAGCUGCUCCCAGCUCUUGUGCUACUCUGUGCGUCUGCGGCAGGAUCUGCAGCCGUGUCCCCUGGGUGCCCCGCAGAGUUUGUCAAAGUGAUUGGAGCGGGGAAGUCGACCUGUUGCUCCAAGUGCCCACCAGGCACAUUUAUGCAAGAAGACUGCACAGACAGCUCAGACUCCAUCUGUGUGCCAUGUGCAAGUGGGUCAUAUGCGAAGGAUUGGAACAAUAUGUAUUCCUGUAUCGGAUGUACUAAAUGCAAUGAUGAUGGAGUGAAGUAUAAGAGAGAGUGUGCAACGACCUUAGAUGCCCAGUGUGAAUGCAUUGAGGGUUACAGAUGCACUGAUAAAAAUUGCAGGAUAUGUGAUCUGAAAGUUCCAAAAAGCAAACCUUGCUCUCCAGGGACGUUUUCUGACACUGGGAUCGAACCUUGCAGGCAAUGGACAAACUGCACAGCAUUGGGUUACUUGGAAAUCGUUCCUGCAAGUUUAACCAGGGAUGCACAAUGUGCUACAGGCACAGUAAAGAGUACUGUCAGCCAGAGAACAUUGGCAACUAUGGUCAGCAUUGAAAAGAUGAAACUCAGGCCCGAUCAAGUGGACGGAGUAAUAAUCAUUGUGGCUGUUAUCAUUAUUCUACUGCUGUGUUUUUUGCUUGGAAUGCACAUAGCCUUCUGGAGGAAGAGUGUGAAGAAAAGGAAUAAGCUGUUAUCAGCUUCAUGGUAUCGGAAUGUGCAGACGGAGGACACUUGGAGCACGCACCUUCCAGAACAAGAGUGUGGAGAAUUGUCACACCAAGAAAGGAAGAAAGUUGAUGAAAUCUACGUUUCUGUCAAUAGGGCUUGUUGAUCAUUGCUUUGUGUUAGGAAGGUCUAUCUGGACAGACUGUGAGUGUAUUCAAGCAUCAGUGCAACACCAAGGGUCAGAAGGACUUUUAUGUAGAAUUUGCUGUUAUUUACUGGAACAGUAACUGCUCAAUGAUUGAAAUGUCGCAUCGGGGAUCAGGUGUACCAAAAUGGUUCCUCCUGCUUGAUGAUCAAUGAAUGGAAAGGACAGAGAAAAGAAACAAAGUGAUAUAAGGCAUUGGGAAGGAGGCUGAUUGGAAUCAGGCCAAAUCAGAGACAGAAAGAAAGAGGUUGUGUUGAGAGAGAAAUGGGAAGCAAGGGGUUGAAAGAAAUAGUAAGAAAAGAAAGGUGAAAAGAGCAAGCAGGAGAAGGAAAGGAAGAACUCAAUUAGGCUUAAGAGUUGUCGUGUUAGUCCAUGAGCAGUUAAAGAGCAAAUGGCACAUUAGGAGAUGUGGAAUUGGCAUUAACCAUCUUGACUUACAGAAGCAGUAAUUCAAAUUUAUCAUAAACAGCAAUAGUGGAAUAGUUUCCUGCAUGGCAUUAAUGAUCUGCCCCACUUGGCCAUGCUGAGAAUCAUUCAUUAUAGUGAUGUAAAUCUGAAAAUGCUGCAAUUGGUGGAAGUUCUGUCAGGGAUCCUUGCAGCCGUAAGAAUCGUUUAUCAGAGUUGGCAAAGCUGGAGAAUUGCAAAUGCUCUGGCAAUUUGAGAUCAUGGCACUUUUAACUCCUCCGUGUUGCUGGAUUCAUUUAUGGGUUACUAACAAUGAACAUUGAUGAUGUUAAUGUGUCAUUCCAAAAAUGUGAUGUUGCAGAUUUUUUGGGUUCCAAACCUAUCAUUGCAAUUGACCAGAGCCCAAUUGACAUCACCAGGGGUUUGGAUGGCAGACAAAACAUUGGGGUAAUCCUCAUACCAGCUAAAAAAGAACAAAAGCAGACUAGGUUUCUGUUACUGAUUUCCAUGGCUUUCCUAAUGGUAAAAGUUGAUUUUGCAGACCAUACUCAAAUAUCUAUUGUUGGUUUAUGCAUGAAGAACAGCCAUUUAUACAACUUCCACCAUGGAUUUGAAAUCAUCAAUCACCAAUCAUUUUCAGUUCAUUCACAGGAUAUUGGCAAAGGGCCCAUAUGUAUUGGCCAUUGCUUUUGAUCUUUGACCAAUAUUGGCAGUGAGCUGCUUUCUUCUAACAGCGGUAAGUGAUGUCUUAUACAAAUUAGGAGCAGCCCCUUGAUACUGCUCCACCAUUCAAUAAAAUCAUAGCUGAUCCAAGACUCCUCAUUCUACUUUACUGCCCUUUCCCCAAAAUCCUUGAUUCGCCCUCUGAUCAAUAAUCUAUCAGUCUUAAUAUACACAAGGACUCUACCCACAACUCCUGUGACAAGGAGUUCUCAAGACUUACAACCCUCUGAGAGAAGAAAUUCUUCUUCAUCUCAGUCUUAAAUAGGCACCUCUUUAUUCUAAGACUAUGUCCUCUGGCCCUAGACUCUCCCAUGAGGUAGUCUUAUGUAGAUCCUCCUCCAAUGUCAUUAGUCAUGAAGAUCAAGGGUUUUCACCCAGUGACACUGAGGUAACAGCCUGCACAUUUCCAAAUAAAGAUGCCACAUGACUUGAAGGAGAAACUGGAGAUAAUGCUCCUCCAGCUUCUGCACUUGUCUUGCAAGAUUUUGGGUAUGGAAGAUAUCAUAAGUACAAAAUAGUUUGAUCUUUUAAAGGGAUAUUACAGUGGAUAAUAAAAACCAUAAGAACUGUGGGUGCUGUAAAUCAGAAACAAAAACAGAAGUUGCUCGAAAAGCUCAGCUCUGACAGCAUCUGUGGAGAGAAAUCAAACUUAACAUUUCGGGUCCAGCAACCCUUCCUCAGAACUGAAGGUAGCUCGGAAAAUGUUGGUUUAUGUGCAGAAGAGAGGGGAGGGGAUGGGGUAAGGAGGAAGCGUUGGUGAAGAUAGAGCUCAAAGAGAGAGAGGAACAAUUGGACAGACAAAGGAAUCAAUACUAAUCUGGUUGGGAGGAUGAAUAGCUGUUAUUAGAGAUAUUAGUGGCUAUCAGUACAUAGUGUGCAAUGGCAGAUUAUUAGAUAUUAGAUUCCCUACAGUGUGGAAACAGGCCCUUUGGCCCAACCAGUCCACACUGACCCUCCGAAGAGUAACCCACCCAGACCUAUUUCCCUCUGAGUAAUGCACCUGUCACUAUGGGCAAUUUAGCACAGCCAAUUCACCUGACCUGCACAUCUUUGGACUGUGGGAGGAAACCUGAGCACCCAGAAGAAACCCACACAGACUCAGGGAGAAUGUGCAAACUCCACACAGUCACCCAAAGCUGGAAUCAAACCUGGGUCCCUGAUGCUGUGCAGCAGCAGUGCUAACCACUGAGCCACUAUACCACCCCACUACAUGAUAACAAGACCUGGUGUGUAGGAUAGGGGGUGUUCAGGCCCUAAAAUUAUUGAACUCCAUAUUGAAUCUGGAGGGCUGCAGGGACCCCAAAUGGAAAAUGAGAUGUUGAUCUUCCAGCUUGCUUGCUCCACGUUUCACUGGAGCACUGCAACAUGGUUGAAACAAGGAUGUUGACCAGGGAACAGGAUGGAAAAGUGUAGUGCUGGAAAAGCACAGCGGAUCAGGCAGCAUUCAAGGAGCAGAAGAGUCAACGUUUCGGGCAUGAGCUCUUCAUCAGGAAUCAGGAACACGGUGGUAUGUUACAGUGGCAGGCAACAGGAAGUUCAGGAUCAUUUUUGCGGCAAACGUAGAUGUUCUGUGAAGCAGUCACCCAGUCCAUGCCUUGUUUCCCCAGUGUAGGGGAGACCACACUGUGAGCAGCGAAUGCAGUAACCUAGAUUAUUAGAAGUGCAGGUAAAGUGCUGCUUCACCUGGAAGAUAUGUUUCGGUUUUUGGAUACUAAGGAGGGAGGAGUUAAAUGGGCAGGUGUUACACCUUCGGUUGCAGAGGAAGUUGCCGUGAGGCUGUGAAGGGAUGUUGGGAGUGAAGGAAGAGUAGACCAGGGUGUCUCGGAGGGAACAGUCCCUGCAGAAGGCAGACAAGAGAGGGAAGGAGAAUAUGUUUCUGGUGGAAAUGUGUCAGUGGAUAAUCACGUUAGGAGCCCUGUAGCCCAAAAUGACCCAAGACAAUUUGCCUGAAAUCCCAUCAUGCUUAAACAAUGCUUAUCCUGUCAGUGAAACUGCUUGGCUUCCCACUCAGAAUAUCCUGUGUUCCAAUUGACACCAUUUUUGAAUGUUCUGCUGUAGAAUAGCAGGUAUUCCCCAGAAUACAUCAGAAUCCACAAUGUCAAUAAUGAAAAAAUGAACCACUGUUUGGUAUUUGUUCAAUAAACUUUGAAGAAAUUGCUGUGUUAUUAAUCAAAA